AUGAACUCUUCAAGGAUCAAGGGUAUUGCACUAGUCUCUCUCUCUCUCUCUCUCUCUCUCUCUCUCAUAUUUGUGACCAUGAAUGGCCCUAAUGACCUUGACCAUAGUUACACUAGUUUCGAAGAGACUGUCGAUCCGUCGGAGUUCGAAUUGUCGGAUGAUCUCUUUCUCGAGGAUGAUUUUGAGGAAGAUUUCUCGGCGGGAAUGACGGUUUACUCCAACAGAUUCAAUCAUCGCGAAGCCGAUGAAAGAAGAAAUAGUACCAUAAGGUGCAAAAGGGGAGGGAAGAACAAGUUAGCUUCUGGAUUUAGGGUUGCAUUCAGGACCAACUCGGAGCUCGAGGCUGUGGAUGAUGGAUUCAAAUGGCGAAAAUAUGGGAAGAAAUCAGUCAAGAGCAUUCCUAAACCUAGGAAUUAUUGUAAGUGCUUGACUGGAUGGUGCCACGUGAAGAAGAGGGUGGAGAGAGACAAGGAUGACUCAAGCUAUGUGAUCACAACGUACGAGGGUGUGCACAACCAUGAGAGUCCAUAGUCUUGUCAAAUUGCAAUUACAAGC